AUUAUUUACUAAUAGACAGACAACACAUGGUGUCAGAAGUGGCCGUGAGCAGCGUCGCACGGAAUGUUUGCCACGAGGGAGCCACGAAAAACGAGCGGAAGGAAGAUGUCUCUGGUCUCGUGAGUGAAAACGUGCGAAGGACGCCACAUUUCUGAGGAGUUUGCUACGGUGUGUGAAGACUAUGAGCGGCGGUAAAGUGACACAGAGGACAAGGGACAAAUUGAACAAAUAGAAGAGGAUCUUGUGCCCGAGUUGGAGGAAAGCCAACAACACAAAGAGCUGUGGAGUCCCGGUAACUUACCCCAAAGUGCAGUCAUGGAAAAGCUAAGUCCACCUAGCCCAAUGCUACUAACUGCUAAUCUUGCUGAUAACUGGAAGCGUUUUAAGCAAAGAUUUAAUAUAUAUUUAGCAGCAAGCGGAGCAGGAGGUGAUAAUGAAAAGCUGAAAGCUCAUAUACUUUUGCAUGUUAUUGGAGAAGAUGCUUUGGACAUAUAUAAUAGCUUUCAGCUGGAUGAAGCUAAUUUGACUUUGGAACAGCUAAUGACAAAGUUUGAAGAAUACUUUGUGCCUCGUCAAAACGUGACAUUUGAGAGGUAUAAGUUUUUCACACAUGACCAAAAGCAAGGAGUACCUUUUGAUCAGUGCAUGGCAGAGCUUCAUACACUAAGCAAAACAUGUGAAUUUGACACUCUGAGAGACUCAUUAGUGAGAGAUAGGAUUGUUUGUGGUACAAUGGAUAAUGCACUGAGAGAAAGACUGCUUCGAGAAACUGGGCUUACGUUAGAUAAGUGUGUCAGUAUGUGUAGAGCAGCUGAGACCACCAGAGCUCAAGCAAAAGAGCUACGGAGAGGUGAAACAACAGUGCAUGCCAUACAUAAAGAACAAUGGAAAAAGAAAAUGUGUACCAAACAAAAGGAUCAAAAAGACAAAUCUGUGGAAUUUAAAUGUGGUAAAUGUGGAGGCAGCCACAAGCCAAAAUAUUGUCCUGCAUAUGGAAAAACAUGUAACAACUGUGGAAGGAGCAAUCACUAUGCAAAGUGUUGCAAAGCAGCUUCAAGACAGAAAGUUCACACAGUUGAAGAAGAUGAUGAUAAGGAGUUUCUUGUCAAUGUGGUGCAAGCAUGCACAAUUGAAAAAGAAGAAUGGAUUGUUCCAAUCACAGUGAAUCAGACGACAAUACCAUUCAAGUUAGAUACAGGUGCUCACGUAAACCUGCUAUCUUUGGAAGAUUACAAAACACUGAAUGUAAAGAGCAAAAUCCAUCCAGUAAAAACCAAAGUAAGUGGAUACACUGGAGAACGAGUUCCUGUUAAAGGCGGAUGUAUUGCAACUUUUAAACACAAGGGUCGACAAAUGAGAGCACAGCUACUGAUCGUGGAUAUGAGUGUACAACCAAUCCUGGGACUCAGUGCAUGCACAAAGCUCAAUCUUGUCAAAAGAGUGUUUGUGGUGACAUCUCAAGAAACUACAAAUGUUCAGGACACACUCAUGGAAGAGUAUAAGGACUGCUUUCAAGGACUUGGAUGUCUACCUGGACUACAUAAAAUAUGUGUAGAUAAAAAUGUGUUUCCUGUUGUGCACCUGUGCAGGAAAGUCCCAUUUGCUCUGCGGGAAAAACUGAAAGAUGAACUAGCACGAAUGGAAAAGUUGGGAGUCAUUAAAAGAAUAGAUGAGCCAACUGAAUGGGUCAGCUCGCUGGUUGUUGUGCAAAAGAAAACAGGUGCCCUAAGAAUAUGCUUGGAUCCAAGAGACUUAAAUAAAGCGAUCAGAAGAGAGCACUUCAAGUUACCAACCAGGGAAGAGAUCAUGGCACAAUUUGCUGGAGCAAAAUGGUUCAGCAAAUUAGAUGCUUCAUCAGGUUUCUGGCAGAUGAAGCUUGACGAGGAGAGUUCAAGACUGUGCACAUUUAACACCCCGGAGGGCAGGUACAGGUUUCUUCGUCUACCAUACGGCAUCUUGUCAGCGCCUGAAGUAUAUCAUAAGACCAUUCACAUGAUUUUUGAGCACAUACCUGGAGUUGAGACAAUGAUGGAUGAUAUCAUAGUGUGGGGCUCAACCCGAAAAGAACACGACGAAAGACUGAGACAAGUGCUAGACAAGACAAGGGAGAUGAACCUGAAACUUAACAAAGAAAAAUGUGAGUUUGGAGUGAAGUCACUUACCUUUGUGGGAGAUGUUGUGAGUGAAGAGGGCGUGAAGCCAGACCCGAGAAAAACUUCAGCAAUCAACAACAUGGAAAGGCCAACCAACAAAAAUGAGGUCAGACGUUUCCUAGGGAUGGUCACCUAUCUUGCCAAGUUUGUCCCACAACUGUCAACACAGUCAGCACCUCUCAGGAGUCUUCUUGAACAAAAGAAUGAAUGGAUUUGGUCCCACGAGCAAGAACAAUGUUUUCUAAAACUGAAAGAGACUCUUACACAGGAGCCUGUGUUAAAGUUUUAUGACCCCGAGAAGAGCACCAGGAUCUCGGCAGAUGCAUCGCAGUACGGCCUGGGAGCAGUGCUACUGCAGCAACAUGAAGAGUAGUGGCUA